CAGCGCGGACUCCGCCACGUUGCCACUGUCCGCUAACUAUUCGCAAUCGACCGACGUCUUGGUUGUUGGGACUUGGGUUAUAAUGACUUGACUUCUGCUAAAUGAACCCGUGGACUAGUAUAAGUUUUUCGCAGUGGCGUUUAUUUAUUUUGGGCGACCGCCGAGACGAGUUUAACGAUAAAAACAUUAGCGUCGAGUGAGAGUUUUAUUAUAUUUUCUGUGCGUUGUGCGGCUGUGCGGCUGCGGCGCGCGGCACGAUGGAGAAGCAGUCGAGAUGGUCGGAGCAGCGCAGCGAGCAACGCAGCGAGCAGCGGCUGGUGCAGCAGCAGGAGCGCGUGCAGCGCACCGAGCACCACUACACGCACCAAAUGCUCACGCAGCAACGAAUGGAGAGCGCCGGUGAUCGCAUCCCCAUAACUGGAGGCAGACCCGGAGAGCCAUCUCCACCGAUAUUUGAACAAAUAUUUAAAAAUGCCAGAUUCGCCCAAGGCGGCAAUGCAAAGUUCGAAGGCAAGCUUCGAGGUAAUCCCACACCAGUAGUAUCAUGGACCAGAAAGAAGGCACCGCUAGUGGAAUGCAAUAAGUAUAGUAUGAAUUACAACGAACAGACCGGGGAUGUCUCGUUGCUUAUCAAGCAGAUUGGUCCCGGCGAUGAAGGCGAGUACACGUGUACCGCACGGAAUCAAUACGGCGAGGCAAUCUGCUCAGUAUACAUCCAACCAGAGGGUGUUCCAGUUCCAGCGCAUCAGGCUUCGCAGCAACAAAGCUAUCGCCAUGUCAGCGAGAGUGUCGAGCACAAGUCUUAUGGCACACAAGGGUAUUCCUCAGAACAAUCCCGUCAGACUCAAAAAGUGGCUUACACAAACGGCACAGACUUCUCUUCGAUUGAAGAUUUCAAAGUCGAUACAUUUGAGUAUAGACUAUUAAGAGAGGUCUCAUUCCGAGAAUCGAUAACACGGCGAUAUGUUGGAGAGAGUGAUAUUCACAUUAAUACUGAAAUCGAUAAAUCCUUAGGCGGAGUAUCACCACCAAAAAUAGGACAAAAACCAAGGAAUUCAAAACUCCAAGUUGGAACUGAUGCUCAGUUCCAGGUACAACUAUCAGGCAAUCCACGGCCGAGAGUUACUUGGUUCAGAAAUGGUCAGAGAAUAACUAAUUCGAACAAACAUGAAAUAAUUACAACUAAUACUCACACAACGCUUAGGGUGAGAAAUAUUCAGAAGUCUGAUGCAGGACACUACACAUUACUUGCCGAAAACCCCAAUGGAUGCAUUGUCACGUCAGCGUACCUUGCGGUGGAGUCUCCCACAGAAACUUAUGUACAGGAUCAAAAAGCACAGUAUAUUAGUGAUAGUCAAAAAACUGCGACAGAAGAAAGUAUAGAAAUUACCGAAAAAGCUCUUGCUCCGCAAUUUGUAAGAGUCUGCCAAGAUCGUGAUGUCACAGAAGGCAAGAUGACGCGAUUCGAUUGCCGCGUCACUGGCAGACCUUACCCAGAAGUCACGUGGUUCAUUAACGAAAGACAGAUACGAGACGAUUAUAAUCAUAAGAUUUUAGUGAACGAAUCCGGAAAUCACGCUCUUAUGAUUACAAAUGUCGAUCUUAGUGAUAGUGGUGUAGUUACCUGUGUAGCUCGGAACAAAUCCGGUGAAACAUCUUUUCAAUGCAGACUCAAUGUUAUUGAAAAAGAACAAGUGGUGGCGCCCAAAUUUGUGGAAAGAUUCUCCACAUUGAAUGUUCGCGAGGGCGAGCCAGUUGUACUUAACGCGCGAGCUGUUGGCACACCUACACCACGCAUCACUUGGCAGAAGGAUGGCGUAGCGAUUAUACCCAAUGCAGAGUUACGAAUUAAUACCGACGGUGGGGCCUCGACACUGGAUAUUCCUCGAGCUAAGGCGUCGGAUGCGGCAUGGUAUCAGUGUACGGCCCAGAAUGUCGCAGGCUCCACCGCUACUCGGGCUAGGCUCUACGUUGAAGUACCGAAAGAGCCUCCGCCAGAGCAAAAACGUUUACACUUACCGCGACCGACAAAAAUUAUUGACCCAGAACCGGCUCCAGGACCCGAAAUAAUAUAUUUGAGACACGUGGAAAGAGCACGCCCAUACAUUCCCCCAGGCGAGGAAGACAGAGUUUAUCCGCCACCACAGUUUAUAAUACCUCUUAAGAGUGUGACGCAAAUGGAAGGCGGAAAAAUUCAUUUUGAAACAAGAAUAGAACCCGUGGGCGAUCCUUCCAUGAAAAUUGAAUGGUUAAGGAACGGACAAAGUAUAGAAGCUAGUUCUAGGUUUACGUCAGUAUUUCGAUUUGGAUAUAUAUCUUUGGAUAUGCUCAGUCUUAACAUUCAAGAUAGUGGAGAAUAUACAUGCCGAGCUGUCAGUGCUACUGGUGUAGCUGAAACGAAAGCAAUGCUUCAAGUUACACCAAGGGCAACCAUUGAAAGAACAAGUCAACAUCCAGAAAGUUUGCAAUACAUACAACAGCUGGAAGAUUACUCAAAAUACCAGCACCAAGAAUCUAUUGAAGAACAAAUUUCCCAAAGGCCGCAGUUUAUUAGGCCUUUGCAAGAUCUUGGUGAGCUUCAAGAGGGUAGAAAUGCUCAUUUUGAAGCACAGCUUACUCCAGUAAGUGAUCCUACUAUGAGAGUUGAAUGGUACAAAGAUGGCAAACCAAUCACAGCCAGCUCGCGAAUCACGUCAAUCUUCAACUUCGGUUACGUCUCCCUUAACAUCAUGCACCUACGGGCUGAAGAUGCAGGUUCGUAUACAGUGAGGGCUGUGAAUAAACUUGGUGAAGCUAUCAGUACAGCAACAAUCAGGGUAGCAGCAAGAAGUACUGUUACUGCAGAUCUCGGCAUCCCAGAGCAAAGAAGAUAUAUCGAAAAGACUGAACAGUUGGAAGCGUAUCAACAACAACAACAUCAGAAAUAUUAUCAAGAAGUACCGGAAAGUACCCAAAGGCCAGAGUUCAAGACUCCAAUAAAAGAUCAAAUAAAUAUAAAGGAAGGAGGAUUUGCUCAUUUUGAAGCUCGCUUAGAACCAGUAGGCGAUUCUACAUUAAAAGUGGAAUGGUUAAAAGAUGGACGCCCUGUUGAAGCAAGUUCAAGAAUCACUACUUUCUUCAACUUCGGAUAUGUUGCGUUAACUAUUAAAUCGGUGACAAUACACGACGCUGGUCACUACACAUGUAGGGCGUAUAAUGCACUCGGUCAAGCCACUACAAAUGCUAAUCUCACCAUAAUAACAAAGAAAGAUAUAAUAGCAGAAUCUCAACAUCCUGGAGGCUUAGAAAAAAUUCAAUACUUGGAAGAUUCUAGCAAGUACUCAAGACGCACAGAAGAAGAGACACAAAUUAAGCAAAAGCCUCGAUUUUUAGGUCCAUUAAAAGGGACGAAUAAAAUAGUGGAAGGCCAGAGUGCUCACUUUGAAGCGAGAGUAGAGCCUCAGAGCGAUUUGACCAUGACUGUUGAAUGGUACUUUAAUGGAAAAUUAAUUAAAUCUGCUAAUCGAAUUCAAACUUACCACGAUUUCGGUUAUGUUGCUUUAGACAUUACUGGAGUUAGAUCAGAAGAUACUGGAGUGUAUACUGUUGUAGCGCGUAAUGCUACCGGUGAAGCACAGUUGAGUGCAUCGAUGACCGUCGAAACUCGAUCGAGCAUCGAUACAUCAAGUAUUCAUCGCGGAUUAUAUGAAAAGACUAGACAGAUGGAAGAAUCUAAAUUCGUGGAGCCAAUGUAUCAUAUUGAGGAAAUAUCUAAAUCAAAACCAGUCUUUGUCCAACCAUUGUCUGAUCCACAACCGAUAUCUGAAGGUAAAAAUAUUCACUUGGAAUGCCGCUUAGAACCUAUGGGCGAUCCAACUAUGAGGGUUGAAUGGUUCCACAAUGGAAGAGCAGUUACAGUUGGAUCACGUUUCAGAACAUAUUAUGAUUUCGGUUUUGUAGCUUUAGAUAUUAUUCACGCUACUUCAGCUGAUUCCGGAGAAUACACAGUAAGAGCCGUAAAUCACUUAGGCUCAGCACACACUUCGGCAAUGGUCCGUGUAAUAGAGAGAUCCGACGUACUUACGGAUACACAAAAUGAACAAGCAAUCGAGCAAAUCCAACAACUAGAGGAUUCAGCUCGUAGAAGUAAACAAACACAAGAAGAUAUCACUGUAAUGCAGGCUCCACACUUUUCUCGGGCAUUACAUAAUAUUGAAAUCAUUGAAGGUACUAAUGUUCAUUUAGAAUGCAGGUUGCAACCUGUAGGUGACCCGACUAUGAGAGUUGAGUGGUUCUGUAAUGGUAGGCCAAUUAAAACUGGACAUAGGUUUAGGCCCGCUUAUGAAUUUGAUUAUGUAGCUCUUGAUCUCUUAAGUGUAUACCCUGAAGAUUCAGGUGUAUACACUUGCCAAGCGACAAAUCAAUUAGGCGAAGCAGUAACUUCAUGUGCUUUGAGAGUACUAGCGAAGAAAGAUUUAAUCUUUGACUCUCAACAUCCCUCUGGGUUAGAAAAAAUUCAAUACUUGGAAGAUACUUCCCGUUAUAAGAAAUCUGAAGUGAUUGAUGAAUCUUACAACAUCAAGCCUCGUUUUGUUACAAAACCAAAGUCCAUUGAAAACGUCAAAGAAGGACACCACGUUCAUUUUGAAUGCAAACUUGAACCAGUGACAGAUCCUAAUUUGAAGGUUGAAUGGUUUAAGAAUGGUCAACCAGUUACCAUAGGUCACAGGUUUAGGCCUAUACAUGAUUUUGGAUACGUAGCACUUGAUAUCAUCGACUUGAUCGCUGAGGACUCAGGAGUUUAUACAUGUAGGGCAGUCAAUCUCGUUGGUAGCGAUGAAGUUAGUUGCAAAUUAACUUGUCGCAGUACUGCCGAUAUUAUUCGCGCUACUCAAAAUGAAUCUGGUCUGGAACAGAUACAAGUUCUGGAAGAUCGAUCGAAAUAUUCAAGAACUGAUGUCGUCGAUGAAGUUACAACUCAGGCACCGAUAUUUACAACAUCUCUUAAGAAUGUUGAGAUAAAGGAAGGACAACGUGCUCAUUUCGAAUGUCGUCUUAUACCUGUUUCUGAUUCAACAAUGAAAGUUGAGUGGUAUCAUAAUAACAAACCUUUGAAGAGUGGUUCAAGAUUUACUGAGACAAAUAACUUUGGUUUUGUAGCACUUGAUAUUAUGUCAUGUUUACCAGAAGACUCGGGCACGUACAAAUGUAGAGCUAUCAAUGCUUUAGGCGAGGCCGUCACUUCUGGCACGGCAAUCGUGCAUUCCAAGAAAUCCAUCUAUUUAGAGUCACAACACGAAGGUGCACUUCCUAGAUUAAACCAAUUAGAAACAUCUAGACAUCAAAAGUCUACUGUCCAAGAAGAUUUUACAACUCAAGCACCCGUUUUUACUACACCUAUGAGAGAUAUUAGGGUUGCAGAAAAUCAGGCUGUACACUUUGAAGCACGCCUUAUUCCUGUUGGUGACCCUAAACUACGCGUUGAAUGGUUGAGGAAUGGUGUACCAAUAACAGCCUCUAAUCGCAUUACAACAAUGCACGAUUUUGGAUAUGUCGCGCUCAACAUGAAAUACGUGAACCCAGAAGAUUCUGGUACAUACACUUGCCGGGCUAUUAAUGACUUGGGAGAAGCUGUGACCUCCUCCACGCUCUUUGUGCAAUCUAAAGCAUCGCUUCAACUUGAAUCACAACACGAAACUGCGUUGGAGAAAAUUCAACAAUUGGAAGAUUCUUCCCGUUACCAACGCAGAGAGGAUGUGGAAGUUGCUGUCAACCAAGCACCUCGUUUCGUUACUCACUUGAAUGGACCAACAAAAUUGAUUGAAGGUCAAAGUGCUCAUUAUGAAUGUCGUAUUGAACCUUAUCCAGAUCCUAAUAUGAGGGUUGAAUGGUAUUUCAACGGAAAGGUUCUACAAAGCGGCCAUCGUUACCGCACCGCUAAUGAUUUCGGCUUUGCCGCUCUUGACAUACUGACAGUUUAUGGUGAAGACUCUGGUGAAUACACUUGUAAAGUUAUCAAUAAUUUAGGACAAGCAGUAUCAUCAAUCAAAUUGCACGUACAAUCUAAAGAAUCAAUUAUAAGAGAAUCUCAACAUGAAAGUGCCCUUGAAAAAAUACAGUAUCUAGAAGACGAGAGCAGAUAUAAACGUGUCACCCACGAAGAGAGUUUCAUUGCCGAGAAGCCACAAUUUGGUAAACCAAUUAAAAAUGCUGAAGUACCAGAAGGUCAACCUGUACAUUUAGAAGCCACUCUAACACCAGUUAACGACCCAACAAUGCGAGUUGAAUGGUACUGUAAUGGAAAACCGAUUCAACAGGGGCAUAGAUUUAAAACUACGUAUGACUUUGGAUACGUGGCUUUGGACAUUUUGUAUGCUUACGCUGAAGAUACUGGCACAUACAUGUGUAAAGCUACCAAUCCUGUAGGUGAAGCAGUUACAACAAGCUCCGUCAGAGUUAAUGCUAAGAAAUCAUUGUAUUUGGAUACUAUGGAUGAACAGAGACUUAAAAAGAUUCAAGAACUCGAAAAAUACGAAAGACCAAAGCCUGUAGAGGAAGAACAGCCUGGUCAAAGACCUGUCUUCCUGACAGCAUUAACAAGCCUGGAGAACCUUAAAGAAGGUGAACGGGCUCAUUUCGAAUGCAGAGUAGAACCGAUCAAUGACCCUGAUCUCAAGAUUGAAUGGUUCCUCAAUGGACAGAAAAUUAAAACUGGUCAUAGAUUUAGAACAACACAUGACUUUGGUUAUGUUGCUCUGGAUAUAUUAUAUACAUAUAGCGAAGAUUCUGGAACAUAUAUGUGUAAAGCAACAAACAAACUUGGAGAGGCAGUUAAUACCUGCACGUUGAAGGUAGCAGGGCAUAGGAACAUUAUUUUGGACACUCAACAUCCUAACGGCCUAGAGAAAAUAAGGCAACUUGAGGCUCAAGGACAUCCUUCUAGAAUUGAAGUAGAAGAACCGAAAAUUUCUCCACCUCGUUUUGUCACUGAAUUACGAGGAACAACUCAUGUUUAUGAAGGUCAAACUGCUCAUUUCGAAUGUCAAGUUGAGCCAGUCCAUGAUCCAAAUCUACGAAUCGAAUUUUAUCAUAAUGGAAAAGCCCUGCAAUCUGCUGCUAGAUUCCAUAUCACUUUUGAUUUUGGUUAUGUGUCUCUGGAUAUUCAACACUGCGUACCAGAAGACGCCGGAGAGUACUCUGUCAAAGCUAUUAAUGCUUUGGGACAGUGUACAUCCGCUAUAUCUAUGACUGUAACCGCAAAAGGUAGUAUCAUAUCGGAAUCUCAACGUCCCGAAGGAUUAGAGAAGAUUAAGGAAUUAGAGUCUGCAGAACCAUUCAAACGUCCAGAAAUCCCUGAACCGGUUACACGGCAGCGACCUGUGUUUACUCAACCACUUCAAAAUAUCGACAACAUACAAGAAGGACAAACAGCCCACUUCGACUGCAGACUUAUUCCUGUUGGUGACCCAACACUCAAAGUUGAAUGGUUCCGUAACGAAAAGCUUAUUGAGGAUAGCUCAAGAAUUACAAAGACUCAUGAUUUUGGUUACGUGUCUAUGACCAUAACCCAUGUGCGUGAUGAAGAUGAAGGUGUCUAUAUGUGCCGAGCAUCUAACUUAUUAGGAGAAGCAGUUACAACUGCCGCUAUGAAGAUUAAAACUAAAGCAGCCAUUCAAAUGGAAACCCAGCACCCUGAAGGAAUGAAGAAAAUACAGAGGUUGGAAGAACCCCAAGCUAAGAAGCAAGAAGAACCAGAACGUGAAUUUGAGAAACCUAUAUUUACACAAGUGCUUACUGGCCCUUCAGAACUUUGGGAGGGUCAACAUGCUCAUUACGAAGCCCGUGUUGUACCUGUAGGUGAUCCAAGCAUGCGAUUUGAAUGGUACAUCAAUGGAGUGGAACUUAAGAUGGGUUCAAGAUUCCGCACUACACAUGACUUCGGCUUCAUCACUUUAGAUAUUAACUCAGUGGUUGCUGAAGAUGCUGGCUUAUACAUGUGCAAAGCAAUUAAUAGAGCUGGCAGUACAGUAUCUUCGACAUCGCUCAAGGUCAAGACAAAAUCUACUAUUGUUGAUCAGGCUAUGAGACCCGAAGCUUGGGAAAAGAUACAACUGAAAGAAGCAGCUAUGAAUAAAGUGCCUGAAAUGUUUAUUGAUACAGGAGUUCAACAGGCACCUAUUUUCACUACCCAUUUGCAAAGUUAUGACAAACUGGUCGAAGGUCAACAUGUGCAUUUAGAAGCUCAAGUUGAACCACGAACUGAUCCGAAAUUGAGAAUUGAGUGGUUUAAGAAUGGCGUUUCUUUAACUACCGGAUCUAGGCUAAAGAGCACAUUUGACUUCGGCUUGGUUACUCUUUCUAUCAAUUCCCUAAGGAUUGACGAUUCUGGAAUUUACACAUGCAAAGCCACAAAUCUCAUGGGAGAAGCUGUAUCAACUGCAUCUCUUAAAAUCGAAGAUAGACAUUGGUUACUUGGUGAUACUCUUCAUCCAGAAUCAUUGGAUAGAAUCGGCGCACUGGAACAACCUAAACCGGCAAAGCCCGAAUCUCCCGACCCUGUGUAUGAAACACCGGUAUUUAUAUCUCAUUUGAACAAUAUUAUCUGCAAAGAGGGCGACAACAUUCAUUUCGAAUGCAAUGUUGAACCAUCGAGAGACCCAACUCUUAAAAUAGAAUGGUUCUUUAACAACAAGCCUCUACCAUCAGGAACAAGAUACAAGAGCACUCAUGAUUUUAGCUACGUAGCUUUAGAUAUAACGCAUACUUACGAAGAAGAUUCUGGAAUUUAUACUUGCAAAGCCACUAAUUCUAAGGGUUCAGCGACUACUUCAGGUUCCUUAAGAUGUACUGGUGAUAAACACAUUUACUUCGAUACUCAACAUCCUCAAGGCAAGGCAGGUCUUGAAGCGGUUGAGCAAGCUGAAGAAGCUAGGCUUGCUAAAGGUAGAAGAUCGUCAUUGCCUGACACUGAAUAUCCUGCUCCGGAAUGGAUCGUUCCUAUAGCUCCAGAAAAUAAUUUAGUAGAAGGCCAGGCGCUACAUUUCGAAGGUCAAGUUGAACCUAAAAACGAUCCUAACUUAAAAUUGGAGUGGUAUUUCAAUGGCAAAGUCUUAGAGCAAGGGUCAAGAUUUAAACUGACGAAUGACUUUGGAUUUGUAACCUUAGACUUAAUUGAUGUUUAUGAAAGGGACAGUGGUAUAUACACAUGUAAAGCUUACAACAAAAAAGGUGAGGCAUUCACUUCUUCAACAGUGUAUUGCACAAGCAAGGAAAAUCUUAUUUGGAAAACUCAACAUCCUAAAGGCGCCGAGGGAUUGGAAAAGAUUCAAAACCUCGAAGAUUCUCUUCGCAAAGAGCCAAGUGCUAAGCCAGACGACGACACUGGAAGACCGCCUGAAUUCACAACAGUCUUCCAAGACAUAUUUGAUAUAAGCGAAGGUCAAAUCGCACAUUACGAAGCAUCUCUAAUCCCAACCGGAGAUCAAAGUAUGGUUAUUGAAUGGUUCUAUAAUGGAAAAGCCAUUGAAGCUAGUCAUAGAAUCCGCACUGUUUAUGCGUUUGGAAUGGUCGUUCUAGAAAUACUCGGAACAAAAGAGUCGGACUCAGGAACAUAUUCUUGCCGAGCAACCAACAAAUGGGGUCAAGCCGAAAUUAGUUGCAAAUUGGUAUGUGUUGAUAAAAGCAAAGGUCAAAAGCCCCGCUUUACAACACACAUACAGAGCAUUGACGGUCUUAAAGAUGGCCAAUCAGCUCAUUUCGAGUGUACCGUUGUACCGGUUGAUGACCCUGACAUGAAGAUAGAAUGGUACCAUAAUGGACAGCCUUUGCGCCAUUCAACCAGAAUAAAAACAGUUUCAGAUUUCGGUUUUGUUGUUUUGGAUAUAUCAUAUACUCAAAAUCAUGAUACAGGUGAAUAUGUUUGUCGAGCAUACAACAAAUACGGUGAAGACUUUACUAAAGCUACAAUCACGUGCUAUGGUAAAGGAGGAGUUUACCUGGACAGCUUGCAGCCUGAUUCAUUGGCUAAGAUUAGAGAGUUAGAAAGUCUCCAAGGAGUACAACAACAAGCUCCUGCUCCGGCAUCUGCGGAGCCACCCAAGUUUAUCACACAAAUUGAAGAUGUAACGAAAUUGGUUGAAGGCCAAAGUGCUCACUUCGAGGCGAGAUUAAUUCCUGUGGACGAUCCAGACCUGAAAGUAGAAUGGUACUAUAAUGGUAAGAAGUUACCGCACGGCCAUCGGUACAGAACUUUCCACGACUUUGGUAUCGUGAUUUUAGACAUUUUGUAUUGCUACGAAGAAAAUUCAGGAGAAUAUGAAUGUAUUGCCACUAAUAAGCUGGGUCGUGAUUCUACGAAAGCGACACUGAAGUGUACUUCAAAGGAGAAUUUGAUCUUGGACUCGCAACUACCGCGGGGCAUGGAAGGAGGGUUAGAAAAACUGCAAACAUUAGAGGAUUCAAUGAUACGCAGAAAAGAAACUGCGGUUGAUGAAGAAAGAGGAAAGGCGCCUGUAUUUACAGUACCACUGUCCAAUAUUGAAAACCUAAGAGAGGGAGAGAAUGCUCACUUCGAGGCACGUCUUACACCAACCGACGAUCCCAAUUUGAAGGUGGAGUGGUAUUGGAAUGGUAAAUCUCUUAAAGCUGGUUCAAGGUUUAGAACAUUCUGUGACUUUGGUUUUGUCAUUCUUGAGAUAUCCCCUACUUAUCCUGAAGAUUCGGGUGAAUAUUUAUGCAGGGCAGUCAAUAAUUACGGCGAAGCUGUCACCACAGCUACUAUGAAAGUUCAAGGAAAGAGGAACAUCAUUCUUGAUUCACAAUUACCUAAAGGAAUGGAAGGUACCAUUGAUAAAAUUGCUGCACUUGAAGGUUACACUGGUACUGUGGACUCUUUAACACCAGAAGCGGAGAGUGGUAAUCCACCCGAAUUUAUUACAACACCGUCUGAUCUUAUUCUGUCAGAGAAUUCAUCGGCUCAUUUCGAAUGCCGUCUAAUUCCUGUCAACGACUCGAGCAUGAGAGUCGAAUGGUUCCAUAAUGGUAAAGCUCUCUUAACAGGCUCAAGAGUAAAAACAAUUAACGAUUUUGGAUUCGUUAUAUUAGAAAUUGGUGGUGUUUACCAACGCGAUGCUGGACUUUACACAUGCAAAGCUACUAACAAACAUGGAGAGGCCACCGUAUCAUGCAAACUUCAAGUGAAAGGCAGACAGGGUAUAAUACUCGAACCCCAACUUCCAUCCCACUUUAAGUCGGGAACAGAAAGUAUUCAGAAAUUGGAAGAAACAUUGUACAAACGUGAAGAAAUUACUGUCGAAGAUGAAAAACCUAACCCGCCAAGGUUUACAGUUGAAAUUAAAGACAACCUCGAUGUUCCUGAAGGUGGACCAAUACAUUUCGAUUGCCGAGUCGAACCUGUAGGUGAUCCAACAAUGAGAAUUGAUUGGUUCUACAACGGUAAACCAUUUGCGACUGGCUCUAGAGUUCAUAUGCUUAAUGACUUUGGUUUCGUCGCUCUUGAUAUUGAUUAUAUUUAUACUCGUGACGCAGGCGAGUAUACUUGCCGUGCUACUAAUAAAUGGGGAUCAGCAACAACUACUGCUAAGAUAACAUGCAGUACAAAACGAGAUAUUGUACUAGAAUCUCAAUUGCCACAAGGUAUGAGCGGCGAGAAAAUUAAGGAAUUGGAAAGAGGUCGUAUCAGUGAUGUACCUAAAGAGGAACCUCUUAUUAACUCGCCACCAAGAUUUAUAACUCAAAUACAAUCACAUACCGUUGAGGAAUCUGAAUCUAUACGAUUUGAAUGUCGCGUGGAACCUAAAGAAGAUCCUAAAUUACGUAUCGAGUGGUACAGAAAUGGAAAACUGUUGCCAUCUGGCCACAGAUUCCGUACCGUGUAUGAUAUGGGUUUCGUAUCGCUUGAUAUCUUGUAUGUAUACGCUGAAGAUUCUGGCGAAUACGUUUGCCGCGCUGUUAACGACUUCGGUGAAGAUACAACUAAAGCAACUGUAUCAUGUAAAAGCUUACCCGAUAUUAUCCUGCAGAAUCAAGUACCUAGGGGUAUGAAGAAGUCCGAAGCUCUAACGCAAAUGGAAGCAACGAUCAAAAAGUACACAUCUGAAGUGUUUUUGACGGAAGAUGAUCUUUACGAUGCCGAUAAGAAACAACCACCGCGUUUUGUCACUCAAAUUCAAAGUCAAACUACAUUGGUUGAAAUGGAAUCAACCAAAUUCGAAUGUCAAUUAGCACCAGUUGGAGAUCCUAAUAUGAAAGUUGAAUGGUUCUUCAAUGGAAAACCCCUACUACAUAAAAAUCGUUUUACUCCCAUCUACGAUUUUGGUUAUGUUGCAAUGAACUUCGGAUGGGUAUACCCCGAGGAUAGUGGAGAAUAUCUUUGCCGCGCAACUAAUUUGUACGGUAUGGAUGAAACUAGGGCUGUUAUUAAAACGGCUGGUAAACCAGGAAUUGUCUACGACUCACAAUUACCUAAACAUAUGAAGAGUAUUGAAAAGAUUCGAGAAAUGGAAGCAUCAUGGCAGGUAGCACCAGAACAGAAAAUGGAAGAGACAAAAGAGCGUUGUGCGCCUGUUUUCGUAAGUCGUCCCGAACCAGUGACUGUUGAAGAGGGCGAGUGGGCAAGAUUUUGCUGCCGAGUCACGGGCCAUCCUAAGCCACGUGUCAUGUGGUUAAUCAACGGAAACACCAUUGUUAAUGGUUCGAGAUAUAAACUGACGUACGAUGGAAUGUAUCAUUUCGAUAUACCUAAAACUAGACAAUACGACACUGGCAAAAUUGAGGUUAUAGCCAGGAGCUCAGUGGGCGAAGCCGUGGCCACAACGGAACUAAAAGUGGUACCGAGACACGAUGAUUAUAGAAGUGUUCUUAAAAAUGCACCAAGACCAGUUUAUAUAGAAGCUUGGUACGACGAAACGACACAAUAUCAACGCACUGGUACAGAACUAGAGAAAACAUUUGAAGAAAGGCAAGUGAUGCAACGACAAGGUGUUAUUGACCAUAGACCUGAAUUGAAACCGAAGAUCAUCAAGGAACCAGAAACAGAAUGGCAACAAACUGUUAAAAAGAAGAAGAGCGAAGAAUAUUACAACAAACUUCAAGAACUUGAAAAUGAACAAGUCGUUAAAGAAAGCAGAAUGAGAGAAUCCUCUCAUCAAUAUGCUGUUCCUGGUGAAAAGGUCACAAGCAGCUCAGUGGCAAGAUCAAUGGCCCAAAAAUAUGAAGACAAUUUAGAACAAACUGAAGAAGUAGUGGAGAAGCAAGUACAAAAGAAAACCUUUAAGCCGAGAAUUCCAGAACCAUCGGAAUCUAGUGUUCACGGCAAGGAAGUGCAUGUAGCCAAACAAAAACAAAUUCAAAAGGAAGUUAUCGGCGACACUGAAAUCACCCGCAAAAUUGUUUCAACGGAAACAACUGAAGUUGAACAUAAGGGACAAACUCAUGAACGAGUCGUUGAAGGACCGGUGAAGCCUUGCACACCACCUGUCUUUACAAAGAAGAUGCAACCAUGCCGUGCCUUCGAGCAUGAACAGGCAAGAUUUGAAGUUGAAUUUGAUGGCGAUCCAUUACCUACUAUCAAAUGGUAUAGAGAAAACUUCCCAAUUAAAAAUUCUCCAGAUUUCCAAAUUCACACCUUCAGUACAAAGUCUAUACUGAUUAUUCGACAAGUUUUUGUUGAAGAUUCUGCUGUUUUCGCGGCUGUUGCUGAAAAUAGAGGCGGCACUGCUAAAUGUAGCGCUAAUUUGGUAGUCGAAGAACGUAGGCGUCAAACUAGAGGUGAAACAAUACCUCCCAGUUUCACUUUAACAGCCCAAAAUGUUAACGUCACUUCUGGACAAUUGGUGCGAUUCGACACGAAAGUUACUGGUACUAAGCCAAUAGAUGUUUAUUGGCUAAAGAACGGCAAGAAGGUUCAGCCAGAUAUUAAAAAUAAAAUCCUUGAAGAAGAUGGCACAUACACGCUUCUUAUCUUGGAAGCGUAUCCAGCAGACUCGGGUAAAUACGAAUGCGUUGCAAUCAAUAACGCUGGUGAAGCAAGAUGUGACGCCGAAUGUCUGGUAACUGCACCUGCUACUAAAGAAAAGCCUAAGCCGCAAACUAAGGUUGCUAAUUCACCUCCAGAAAUAAUUGAACCUCUUAAGGACAGAGUGGUAACUGAAGGACAAGCUAUUGAAUUCGUUUGUAAGAUAGUUGGUAAACCAAUUCCAACUGUGCAAUGGUACAAGGGUGAUAAAUUGAUAAAACCAUCGAAAUACUUCCAAAUGUCUAGAACUGCUGAUGACUACACUUUGCGUAUAUCGGAAGCUUUCCCAGAAGAUGAAGGCGAUUACAAAUGUGUCGCUUAUAAUUCAGCUGGAAGAGUUACUGUAUCUGCUAAAUUGAAGGUGAUUCAGCCUGAUCAAGCUGAUAAUCUGCCGACACUUACAUCGCUACGUGACGUCACAGUUUACGAAGGAGAACCGGCACAAUUCAAAACAAAUAUCAGUAGCAAAGUCAAACCAACUAUUCAAUGGCUUCGGGAAGGAGCACUCAUCCCCGAAAAUCCUGAUUUUGAAAUGAUUCACGAAGGCAACAACGCUUACUUGGUCAUCUAUAACACUUACGAAGAAGACAGUGGCACGUUCACGUGUCGCGCAACUACUGCCGCCGGCCAAGUUGAGACUUCGGCAAAACUAGUCGUCAAAAAAACUCAAAAACGCAGAAGCAGUAAAACAAUAAAGUAUAAAACGGAUACUAUUGACAAAUCAGAAGAUGCGACAAUAAUUACCAGUCAAUCUUUGUAUCAAACUACUGAAGAUAGCAAUAUUCUAAAAUUGGAUAACGUUCAAGAUGUAAAUACGAGGAAAGUACAAAAUGUUCCAUGGCGUACUCAGACUACAGAAGAUGUAAAUAUAAUACAAAAAGAAACUUUAGAAGUAAAGCAUUGGAGAAAACCCCGUCAAGAAGAUGCAAAAAAACUACAACAAUUUACUGAAGAAUCAUCAAGUAUUAUUUCUAAAAGCACUAUAGAGAUUGAUGAAGACAUAGUCAAAAAAGAUAUUCAAGAAACUAAGGCCCUCGAAACACGGGCAUGGAGAAAACCGAGACCCGAGAAUGUAGAAACUAAAUCUGAAAUAAUUGAAACAACUAAAGAAAGUGAAUUGCUUAAAGAAAGAGAUACAGUCAAGGAUACUGAAACGAGAUAUUGGAGAAGGCAAAAGCCGGCAAAUGUUGAAUCUGUUCAUGUAGAAUCAGAUAAAACAAUUGAGGAAACCGUUACAUCUCAAAAACAACAAAAACCGAAACCCGAAGUUUACAAGCGAGAUGAUAUAGUGCCAUGGACGCAGGAGGCAAUUAAAUUGAAGCCAACAAAAGUUGAAAAAACACCGGUAACACGAGAAAAAUUGGAAGAUGUAUCCCUACGACAAGUGAGAAAAGAAUCUAUCCAAAAAGUGGAGACUUUUGUCAUUGAUGAAGCUUUGACAUCUGAAGAAAAUACUGUUGUAUUAAAGUUGCACGAUACGUCAGAGGUGCCGGUUGUAAAACCUUUAUCGGAAGAUAGUGAGAAACUUAAUGAAAAGGAGAAACCAAAAGAUGUUUCUUGGCGUGUUGGAAAACAAAAACAAAAAAUUGAGCAAGUAAGAAAAGAAACCACGUCAGUCGUCGCUGAGGAUAAACUAGAACAUGAAUCACAGAUCCAAAUACAGCCCACGCCUAAAAAUCUUCUGCCGAAACACGAAACACCAGAGCAAGCAGAGGCACCCUGGCGACGCGGAAAAAAACUAACUAAACAACAAGAUACUGUAACAGAAGAAGUUUCUGUUACAAACGUUGACAAAAACACUUUAUUCCUAGAAAAGACAAAGGAAUUAGAUGUACCUGAGUCUGAUCAUAAAGUACUUACGAAAACCCAGGAUGAAGAAACAAAUUUGACAAAAGUUCCGUGGCGUACAAGCAAGAAAUUAUCCGAGACGCAACAAAUUAAAGAAGAUAUUAUCGAGACUACUAUGCAAGUCCGAGAAGAAGAUAGGAAGAAGAAACAGAUAUCUAAAGAUCUGCAAAAACAAGUAGAAGAACAACAGGAGCAAGUAAUUUUAAAACCAGUUAAGAGACAAAAAAUAAUUGAAGAACAGCAGCCGGAAGAAGUGCAUCUUAAACCUGUAAAGGUAGAGAAACAUGUAGAGGAAACUGUGAUCACAGAAACUAAACAAAAGAAGAAGACAAGAAUGGAGAAACCUGCUGAAGAAAAGGUGGAGGAAGUCAUUUUGAAACCAGUUAAGAAAACAAAAGUACCUGAGGAAGAAAAGCCUGAAGAAGUGCAUCUUAAACCUGUGAAGAUAGAAAAACAGGAGGAAGAAACUGUUAUAACAGAAACCAAAGAAAAGAAGAAACCACGAAUGGAAAAACCAGCAGAAGAAAAAGUGGAGGAAGUAAUUUUGAAACCAGUAAGGAAAACAAAAGUACCUGAGGAAGAAAAACCUGAAGAAGUGCAUCUUAAACCUGUAAAGGUAGAGAAACAGGUAGAGGAAACUGUGAUCACAGAAACCAAAGAAAAGAAGAAGCCCAGAAUGGAGAAACCUCCUGAAGAAAAGGUGGAGGAAGUCAUUUUGAAACCAGUUAAGAAAACUAAAGUACCUGAGGAAGAAAAGCCCGAAGAAGUGCAUCUUAAACCUGUGAAGGUAGAGAAACAGGUAGAGGAAACGGUUAUCACAGAAACCAAAGAAAAGAAGAAGCCACGAAUGGAAAAACCAGCAGAAGAAAAGGUGGAGGAAGUCAUUUUGAAACCAGUUAAGAAAACGAAAGUACCUGAGGAAGAAAAACCUGAAGAAGUGCAUCUUAAACCUGUAAAGGUAGAAAAACAGGUAGAGGAAACUGCGAUCACAGAAACCAAAGAAAGGAAGAAGACAAAAAUAGAGAAACCUGCAGAAGAAAAGGUGGAGGAAGUAACUUUGAAACCAGUUAAGAAAACAAAAGUACCUGAGGAAGAAAAGCCUGAAGAAGUGCAUCUUAAACCUGUAAAGGUAGAGAAACAGGAGGAAGAAACUGUAAUAACAGAAACCAAAGAAAAGAAGAAGCCACGAAUGGAAAAACCAGCAGAAGAAAAGGUGGAGGAAGUCAUUUUGAAACCAGUUAAGAAAACGAAAGUACCUGAGGAAGAAAAACCUGAAGAAGUGCAUCUUAAACCUGUUAAGGUAGAGAAACAGGUAGAGGAAACUGUGAUCACAGAAACCAAAGAAAGGAAGAAGACAAAAAUAGAGAAACCUGCAGAAGAAAAGGUGGAGGUAGUAACUUUGAAACCAGUUAAGAAAACAAAAGCACCUGAGGAAGAAAAACCUGAAGAAGUGCAUCUUAAACCUGUAAAAGUAGAGAAACAGGUAGAGGAAACUGUGAUCACAGAAACUAAAGGAAAGAAGAAGCCAAGAAUGGAGAAACCUGCUGAAGAAAAGGUGGAGGAAGUCAUUUUGAAACCAGUUAAGAAAACAAAAGUACCUGAGGAAGAUAAGCCCGAAGAAGUGCAUCUUAAACCUGUGAAGAUAGAAAAACAGGAGGAAGAAACUGUAAUAACAGAAACCAAAGAAAAGAAGAAGCCACGAAUGGAAAAACCAGCAGAAGAAAAGGUGGAGGAAGUAAUUUUGAAACCAGUUAAGAAAACAAAAGUACCUGAGGAAGAAAAACCUGAAGAAGUGCAUCUUAAACCUGUAAAGGUAGAGAAACAGGUAGAGGAAACUGUGAUCACAGAAACCAAAGAAAAGAAGAAGCCACGAAUGGAGAAACGUGCUGAAGAAAAGGUGGAGGAAGUCAUUUUGAAACCAUUUAAGAAAUCAAAAGUACCUGAGGAAGAAAAGCCCGAAGAAGUGCAUCUUAAACCUGUAAAGGUAGAGAAACAGGUAGAGGAAACUGUGAUUUCAGAAACCAAAGAAAAGAAGAAGCCACGAAUGGAAAAACCAGCAGAAGAAAAGGUUGAGGAAGUCAUUUUGAAACCAGUUAAGAAAACAAAAGUACCUGAGGAAGAAAAGCCCGAAGAAGUGCAUCUUAAACCUGUAAAGGUAGAAAAAGAGGUAGAGGAAACUGUGAUCACAGAAACCAAAGAAAGGAAGAAGACAAAAAUAGAGAAACCUGCAGAAGAAAAGGUGGAGGAAGUAACUUUGAAACCAGUUAAGAAAACAAAAGCACCUGAGGAAGAAAAACCUGAAGAAGUGCAUCUUAAACCUGUAAAAGUAGAGAAACAGGUAGAGGAAACUGUGAUCACAGAAACUAAAGGAAAGAAGAAGCCAAGAAUGGAGAAACCUGCUGAAGAAAAGGUGGAGGAAGUCAUUUUGAAACCAGUUAAGAAAACAAAAGUACCUGAGGAAGAAAAGCCCGAAGAAGUGCACCUAAAACCUGUGAAGAUAGAAAAACAGGAGGAAGAAACUGUAGUCACAGAAAAAGGACCGAUAAUAACUGGGUUUUUAAAAGCACUAAAGAUCGAAAGUAAUUAUGAUUUUGAUUUAUCUGCCACAUUUAAAGCCCCAAAACAAAGUAUUGUGAAGUGGUUUCGUAAUGGUCAUGAAUUAGAACAAACUGAUGAUUGUUUAAUAGAAACAACGCAUGGAACUUCGAAUUUGAAAAUUAAAAAUGUUGAUAAAACAAAGGCUGGGAAAUAUGAAAUUGUUAUUGAAAGUAUUGAUGGUCAAAUUGCAAAAUCAGCUUGCUCAGUGAAGUUAAAGAAGGCUACGGAUGUGGAUGAUGAUGUACAACCACCUGUAUUUGUGAGAUAUUUGCAACCACGGUCGAUAAAAUUAGGGGAUACAAUUUUGCUGGAAACUGAGGUUAUCUCCUCUCCAAAUGCUUCCUUCCAAUGGUUCAUCGGCAACAUAGAAAUAAUGUCUUAUAUAAAAGAACAGAAAUUAAAUAACGUUUGUCUCACUAACAGAGAAAAUAUAUCCUGCCUAUGCAUUGAAAAUAUUAGUGAAGAAUUCAUAGGAGUAUUCACAUGCAGAGCUGAGAAUUUUGCUGGAUCUGUUUCUUGUUCUGCUAGUAUCAUACUGGAAAGUGAUAUGGAAAAAUCAAUUGGAAUGGCUCCUCAUUUUACAAAUCCUCUAAAAUCAUUAAUCGUAAUGGAUGGAGAACCAAUAGUGUUAACAUGCGAAGUUAUAGGAAAACCACAUCCUAAAAUAGUUUGGUAUCGGAAUGGGGAAGUAAUUCAAUAUGAAAAGGAUGUAUCAAAAGCUAGACAAGAAAACGGAAUGUGUGAAUUAUGUAUUAAAGAAGCUUUCCCAGAAAUGUCAGGAAUUUAUAUCUGUGAAGGAAAAAAUAGUUAUGGAACAUGUAGCAGUGAAUGCGUUGUUAAUGUAGAAGCUUACGAAUAUGUACCCAGCGCAUCUGAAGAAGACGUUCUAAGCGACGAGAAAACAAGUGAUAUUGAAGAAUUUGCGCCACAAAUUGUAAAAGCUUUACCCACAGUUGUAUCUACCACUGAAGGAGAAUUUACAAGAUUGGAAGCUAAGGCUAUUGGAAUGCCUAAACCAAUUAUUAGAUGGCUGAAAAAGGGUGUGGAAAUUAAACAUUCCCAAGAAUACCAAAUAGAGGAGUUAGAAGACGGAACAUCAAUCUUAAUGAUACCUGAAACACUUCAAAAUGACACUGGUGAUAUUGUAUUUGAAGCACAUAAUUCAUUAGGGGUUACAACAACAGUCACGGCCUUAUCUGUUGAAAAUAUUAUUGAUACAAAAGACUACAAAAAACCCGAAUGGGUAAAGCAUAAAGAAGAGUUGAAAUCUUCUGUGAAGGUUGCUCAGCGACAAGUUCAGAAACUAGACGAUAAACGAUCAGACAAGACGACUACCGAAGAAUCUAAAGAGGAAGUAGUACAGAUUGAGGAAAGUGAAAUAUCAGCAAGAAGAAGCAAAAUUGAAAAGACUAAAAUUGAUAAAAAACGUAAAGUUGAGAAAACUAUUGUCAAAAAAUCCGACACUCAAAAAGUUGUACAAGAAGAAAUCAAGGAACAAGAAUUACAUGAGGACUAUUCAAUAACUACACAUCAAGAUGAAGUUGAAACAGUUCGUCCCUUAGAAAGCAAUGAAUUAAACAAGCAUUAUGGGGUAACAAAGUUAGAAGAAGAUUCUCGUAUGGUUGCGGAAAUUAAUGAGCUCCUAGAGGUUAUAAAUGCUAAGGAAUUUGGACCCGGAGAAUCUCCUCUGAGGGAAUUGGCAAAAAUUGGAUACAUGUUAAGAAGUGGCUUGACAAUUGAAGAAAUAGAAAGUUUAUAUGAUUCUCAAUUUUUCCCUGCUUUGCGAGUUCCUCAGUCACAAUCGGCUUUGGUUAAGCUAGUUGAGCGUCAGGGCCAUAGUGCGCUUAUAACUGAAGUGCUUACUGAAGAGACUACUCAAGAUGAACAAGCAAUUGCAGCUAAAGUUGGAUUUAGAGCAUUCUUAAAAAUGGUCGAAAUGAGGCAUACCUCUGUUGAAGAGGUUAUUGCUCACUUUUAUCCCGAAGAUUUCAAACCUCGUUCUUGGGAACAAAAAGAAGCACAUGAGGUCGUAGAGGAAGCAAAUGUUAAAAAUAUUGCAGAGGCGAAAACCAUAAAUAUUAAGCAAGAUGUCAAAGAAAAAGAACACGGCAAACGCAAAAAACACAUACAGACAAAUAGUCUUACUUCUGAAAAAGAACUUCAGAAAAUGCAUCCAAUUGAAAAAAUUGACCAUUGUGACGUUGAAGAAUCAGAUAUAUUGGAAGUAGACAGAAUUCCUUUUAUUUCAACUGUUCCAACUGAAAUAUCUGAAAAUAAAAUUGAAGUUAUACCAGCCAGUGAAGCCACUCAUAUAAAAAUGAGUAAACAAGACAACUUCACAGCCAGGAUUAAGUUAGAUACAAAUUAUCCUCUAAUUAGCAAUAGUGAGCAAGUUGAAGAAAAAGAGGAAAAUUUUGAGCCAAGAACAACGCACAAGAGUUUAGCCCAAACACAGUUUACUGAAGCAGAUUCCCUGCAGGUAACCGAGAUAGAUGUAGGUAAUUCAGUGGCAGAUUGUUUGAUAGGCAAACAAAAACCUGAAACAAAAGCUAGUGAAGGACUAGUUACAGUUGAAGGAUAUAUCACAACUGAGAUUAUUGACGAAGUUUCUUCAGUAAAUGAAAUAGAAAAAAGUGUUGAUCAUAAAGAAAAUGCAAAACAAACACUGUUUUUACAAGAUGCUCUCAAUAUUUCGCAGGACGUAAGUUCAGUAAAAGAAGGUACAAUAAAAAGUCUACCACUUGCAGAAACGUACGCUUCAGUAGGAAUAACGCCCUUGAGUGAAGUUAGUGUAACAGAAGUUAAGGAAGAGAGUAGAGAACAAAAACUCGAAAAUCAAAGCUUAGAAAAACCAAUACAUGGCAAGGUUGAUUUUAAUUUACUGGAGUCAGUUCAAGUCGGCGAAGUUUUUAUCGAGGAUAAAUCUGGGAAAUAUUAUCCUGAGUUGAUUGUUCCUACUGAAACUGCACGGAAAGAUAUUCUUGUUUCGAAUCAAAUAUUUACCGAAUUUCAUGAUGUGCAAGAGAAAGAAGGAUUAUUAAAUGCAUUAAAACUACCGCCCUCUCAGGAGGCUAAUUUGGAUGUAACGGUAAAAGACAGUGUUGUUGUGUCUAUUAGUGAAUUACAUGAAAAAGAAGGAGAACUAAUAGUUCCUGAAAAACCCUCAAUGGCAAUUGUAGAUAAAGAUUUGGAAGUACAUACUGGAUUAGAAAAUUUUCAAGUUACUUCACACUUAAAAGAAUCAGAAUUUUUAGCCGAUUCGGUAGUAAGUAAAAAAGCAAGUGUUGGAUUUAAUGAACACCAACAUAAGUUUAAUUCCGAAACAAACAUUAUUGACUCAGAACUUAAUUUAGAAACAUCAAAAUCAUUAACGGCUGAAACAACAGCAAAUAUUUCUAUUUCUGCUUUAGAUAAUAAAAUUGUUGAGGAAAUUUAUGUAAGUGAAAAAGAGGAAGGAUUCAUAACCAAAUUAGAAAAACCGACGGCUAAAGCAAACAUUAGAGUUAAAACAUUAGAACCAAUAAUAACAUCCGAUACUUUAGACACUUCAACCGUCGAAGAAUUUUUAUCGCAGGAGAUAGGAGAUAAAUCUGCAGUAGAAACAAUAUUAACACAAAAUGCAAAAGUCAUAUCCAUGCCUUUAGUACAUGAACAGGAGUCUCCUCAAGAUUGCCGAAUUGAAAAGCCCAGAGAAUUGUCUACGGCGAUUGUUCCUAAUUUACCUCUUUCGAUCACUGAAACCGCAGCAGUUGAAAAGGAAAGUACUUUAGAUACAAGCGCUAUGCCGGACACCAAUCAUGCUAUAACUGCAACCUCGUAUACAUUACAAACGCCAAUUUCACAAGAAAUUACUACUGCUGAUCAAUUAGGCAUAAUUAAGAGUGAAAACAAUAUUGUAGAAGAAAUUUCAGAACAGCAUAGUUUACUUAAAGAAAUAACAACUAUCCAAACAAUUGCGCAAGAACAAGUGCAAUUAUUGAAAGAAAAGGAAUUAUGUCAGAAGACCGCAAACUUGAACUUUAUAAGUAAGGAAGGUUUGAAUGUAACCGAAACACAUUCUUCUCUAAAAGAAGAAUAUUUUAAGCCAAAAAUUCCAACAACCACUGAAGUAGCUGAAAUUGAUGUUGACGUUAUUCAUAAAGUUGCUUUGAUUUCAGAAGUCAAUACAAAAGAUACCUUAAAUAAACUACCCGAUGAGAAAUUGACUUACAAAGAAGCACAAAUAACACAGAAUCCCUUGACACAGCUACAAGUUUCUGAAAGUAACGUCUUAGAAACACAAGAACCUUUGGUAGAUAAUUUUACGCCCGAACACAAAUUCCCUAACACAGAACUUAUUGCUCCACAACAGUCUUUAACUAUAUCUGAAACACUAGAACACGAAAAGGAAGGAAUUUAUGAAGACAGUGAAGUAAAAGAAGGUUUUACUGCGGCUACUAGUAUUUCAAGUCUACCCGUUGCCAUGUCAUCGGAACUUAUUUCUGAAAAUACGGUUGAGUUUACCAAGCCAACCCCUAAAGUCGAUAUAUCGAAACAUGCUACUAUCAGCAAUGUUAGUUUUAAGGAAAUUAUUGUGAGUACAACAGAUUGCAAUGAAACAGAGCGGGCUUUAAUAACAACAAAACCGAGUUCAUGCGAAGCUUUCCUUAAUUUCGAUACAAACGAUGCUUUAUUAAUAGAAGAAUUAAGUCCAGAAACAAAAACCAUUGAUCUAGAAGACCAGCAUAUUCAGGUUUUAGUCAAAGCUAAAGGAGAUACAAUACCGAUACAAGCAGCUUCACAACAUGAAACAUUUGUUCAUAGUUUUGAAGGAGUAUUAGAAAAAGAAAAUGUUUCAACAAAACAGCCUACUAUUUCUAUGACAGCACUUCCAGUUCCUGAAUGUGAUAUAAAUGUGUUGGUUGAUAUUGAAAAUAAUUUUGCUAUGCCCAUAAAACCUAAUGAACAAAAUGCAGAUAUUUCUAUAUUGGAGAAGCACGGUAUUCAAACAACUGAAACUUUAUCACACUCAGAUAAUUUAAAAAAAACAGACGAUUUUGAAUUCGAGUAUAAAAAAGCUUUACCUAAUGUGGAAGUUUAUGGAAAAGCUGCAAACGUAGAAGAAACUAUUAUAAGCCAUGGAAUAGAUACACUAACAGAACCAAAGACUAGCAUUGAAGCUCCAAAUAUUGUUACAGUGCCGUUAAAUGUUCUAAAACAAACAGAUGUUAUACCGGCAGAAAAAGAAAUUCCAUUUAAGGGAAAAGAGACCUUACAUUCAAAUGCCACUCUUGACUUUACACAGUUACAAUCUAUCCAAACUAGUAUAACCGAAAUAAGUGACAAAGAAAAAGAAUUAGAUACUUCUACUUUAGAAACUAAACCCUACUCUGUUAAAAUGGAAUCCCCCUUGCAAGGGGCAAUCAAUACUGAAAUAGUGACAUCUGCAAAUGUCGAUUUGUUAAAAGAUAGGCAACCAGAUUUAAUGCAAGCCAUAUUAACAAUAGACGAAAAUCUACAGCAAGUAGAAGGGGUGCAAGUUAUUUUUAAUGAAAAAGAAGCAGAACUAUUACAUAAAGAAAAAGAUAUAAAGUUACACGCAACCGAAAUGCUAGUAGAAUCUCAAGCAAAAGAAGUUCAAGAAAUACAGACAGUAGAAAAAGAAAAGGAAUUCAAAAAUGAGUUGAAAUUACAUACUAGUAGUGCGAGCUACUCUAUAAAGGAGCAGAAACAUCUGGAAAGUAUUGAAGUACUAACAAAUCAAGACAGUUUAGAAUUGGAAGUGCAAAACAUAAAACAGGAAAAAGCUUAUCCAUCAUACGAAAUUCAUGAAGCUCCCCAAAAAACAGAGCAAAUUUUGGGAGAAAAGGAAGAAAUAAGAGUAGAAGAAGUAACAAACUUAAUCAAAAGCAAAAGUUCUGUGGAAGGUAUAAGUUCUAUAAAUACGACUGAAGUUAUUCCUUCAGAAAAUUUGGUACCGUUGUCUGAAAUUACGCCCAUUGGUUCAAAAAAUAUACAACCUACAAAUAAUGUUCUGGUCCAACCAUGUGUGAACAUAAGUGAAACGGUUGUUAGUGAAAAAGAAGAAGAGUUACCGUCUUUUAAAGAUCACAGUAAAAAACAAGCGGAGCAAGUUCUUACCCAACAUGUUUCCAUAAAUGUUACAGAUCUAGUUCCAGUGGAAUCAGAAGAUAAGUUGAGAGUCGAAGGAACUUCUAAACCGUUAUUAACAAAUAUUUCGGAAUUGGAAACAAACAGACAUCUUAAUAUUGAAAUUCCGUUUUUAUCGGAAUCAGAAAAUGUUUUAGCAUCUAAAGAUAUCAAUAAAAAAGAAAGAGGUGAAGUUAACUUUGAACCUAUUAAACCUCUUAUAGUUGAUGAAAUUAAAGCUGAAGAAACUGAGGAAGAAUUUAAUAUCAAUAUAAAGAAAAAAGAAAAACCUUUGGUAAAUAUAGAGUUGAGUGAUUCAGUUAACGUAAUAGAAGUAUUGACACUUGAAAAGGGAAUAAAACUAAGCGACAAAGACAAAGAAACAUUUACUAACGCUUCUUGUAAUAUUGAACAAAGUAACAAAUAUGUUACAGUUACAGAAAUAGAUGCCAAUGAGAAAGAAUAUGUAAAUGAACAAACUAUCAUAGAUCAGCCUAAGGAAUUCAAGGAAAUAUUUGAAACACAUUCUUCCGUUUUAAUAGAAGAAGUGAUACCAAAAGAAUCUGAAGAGAAUUUAACAGACUGUAAUUUGGUAAAGAAAGAGAAAGUAACAAUUGACAUGGAUUCUCAGCAUCAUAUUACGAUUAUGGAUAUUGAUACAAAGGAAAAGGAAGAAAAUCUAAAUAUUGAAAGCAAUCAGAUUUGCGAUAAACAAAGAGUCAACGUUGCGGCUGUCGAUCAUGUAUUUAUUUCAGAAACCACAGCUUUAGAGAGUGGAUUUACAAUUACUGAACAACCUAAAGAGCGAUACGAAACUGCACAAAAACUACAACUUACAUCUGAAGGUCUGAAAAGCGAACUUACACAAGUAAUGGAUAAUGUCGACCAAAUAGAUAUUUAUCAUAAGCCAGAAGAACUAACACCCAAGUCAAGUUAUAAUGAAAUGCAACAUAUACAACUGCUUGAACUAGUUGCAGAAGAAACUCCUACUUCAUUAACAACAAGUGGUCCUACUACUACUGAACAUGCGUCUUCUAUAUUAGCUCCAUUAAAAGAAGUAGUUCAUUUUUCACCACAAUCUAUUGAAAAUUUAGAAAGUUUGAGUGGCCAAAUUAGGGACGAAAAAAAAAUAGAAUAUGAAUAUGAGCUUAAUAAAAGUUAUAUGACAUUAGAAAGUACAACAGUAGAAACCUCCGAAAAUAUUAUCAUUCAAAGUACUGAGCCAAAAACUGCAGAACAAGAAGUCUUGGAAAUGCAACCAAUUGAGGGUAUUGCAGUAAUGUCUAGUGAAAACGUUGCUCAAUUAGCUAAAUCAGAAAAAGAGCAGAAGCAAAUAGCAGAAAAGAAGUGUAUUGUUUCGCAUGAAGUUACUAAAUGUGAACACAAUACAUUAGACAGUGUAUCUACGAUGUAUGAUUCAUCUGUUACAAAAAGCGAUAAUGCCACAGUUGAUAUAGAAACUUAUAAAAGUUAUCAGGUUUCAGAAGACACAACUCAAGAACAUCCUCAAAAAAUUGACACCCCAUAUGACACUGUACCUAAACAGCUUCAAGAAAAAAUUUCAGAACUAAAGCCUGUUGAAUUAACAGAAAUAAUUUUAGGAGAAGUUGAAAAUGCUUUAGAUACUAGCAAUGUAAUUACGGUAGAGAAUAAAAUCGUAAAUAUAAUUGACUUAGAACCAAUAAGUCAAACAGAUGUACUUGUAUAUGAAAGUGUAAAAAAUGAAAAGUCCGACUUGAGUAAAUCUGUAACAGCCGAAAAGAAUAUAACGCCAUUAACGCACCUCCAAUGCAAUGUUAAUGUUUCUGAAUUGCAGGUGGAAGAAUUAGUCACACAACAACCACAGACUAAAACCACUACUGUUAAAACUACAAACAUAUUACCCUUAUUAGUAACUGAUAACACAAGUAUGCAACGUGAAACACCGUUUAAUGUUAAAACUCCUGAAAAACAACAAAUUAAUGAAACUUACAACCUUUACAAUGAAAUUGAAGUGUUGGACAAAAACAGAGCUGAAGAAACAAGUCCUUACAAUCAAGAAUAUCCACAGGCACUCAAAACAAAUUUCACUACUAUUGAUGUCGAUCACCAUAACAUAAUGAUUACACAACAAGAUGUAUUUUUAAAGGAAAAAUCCUUUGUUAACAAAGAUUCACCACGAUCUUCUGACUUCGAAGAAAGUGAGGAAAUUGUAACAAAAUUCAUUAAAUCGCCUGGCAAUGGAGAGCCAACACAAAUUAAGACAAAAAGAACUAUACUAAGAAAACGAAAAACAGAGGACGGAAACGUUAAUGAAGCUAACAUUGUAAUAGAAGAAAGGCUAGACGACGAUGAAAGACAAGAAUCAAAGCAAGAAGUAAAUCACAGCGUAAAAAUAGUGGAAUAUGAAGGAGAUGAAUCUAUAGUAACAGAUACUGAUAAAAGUACAAUCGAAUUGCCCGAAGAAUACUUCCAAAUACCAAAGUUGCGAUCACAAGUACAUAUUGAAGAAAUUCAAGUUGAAAGCGACUCCGACAGCGCAAUUAAAAAUGAAGUUAAAGAAACGUAUCAGAUUAAGAAAAAGUCCAACAAAAAGGUAAAACACACAGGGAAAAUAUCUGAAGCUGAUAUAGAAAAAAUUAAAACACCACUUGAAACAAAAACAACAGAAUUGGUCGAAGAAGUACCAGAACAAGUAGACAUCGAUGAAGUGGAGACGGAAAGUGGUGAAACCCGACAGGUCAAGACAAUCAAUCGAGUGAUUAAAAAGCGUAAAGGACCCAAGAAAGAAGUUACUGAGAUAACAACGAUUGAAAAGGAAGGCAGAGAACCCGUCACCAGUAUUGUCGUGAAAGAAGAACCUGCUCCAGACUUCGAAGAGCUCCCUGAAGUCCCACAAGUGCUUGAGCUUCCAGAAGAGAUCAAAGAAGAGGAGGUUCCUACUGACGAUGGUAAGCCACGUAAAAUUAAAACAACUAAACGUACUAUUAAAAAGCGAUUAGGUCCAAAACUGGAAACAACAGAAAUCACAUCAAGACAAACAGAUGACGAAACACCAAUCGUUACAGUACACACAAUAGAGGAAAUUCUCGAUUACACUACAUCUCCUCUUGACACUUUACAAGAACCACAACGAGCUAAAGUGAUUGAAGAAGAACCAGAACAAGUACAGAUUGAUCAAGUGAAAACGGAAAGUGGUGAAACGCAGCAGGUGAAGACAAUCAAGCGAGUGAUUAAAAGGCGUAAAGGGCCCAAGAAAGAAGUAACUGAGAUAACAACGAUUGAAAAGGAAGGCGAAGAACCCGUCACCAGUAUUGUCGUGAAAGAAGAACCUGCUCCAGACUUCGAAGAGCUCCCUGAGGUCCCACAAGUGCUUGAGCUUCCAGAAGAGACCAAAGAAGAGGAGGUUCCUAGUGACGAUGGUAAGCUACGUAAAAUUAAAACAACUAAACGUACUAUUAAAAAGCGAUUAGGUCCAAAACUCGAAACAACAGAAAUCACAUCAACACAAACAGAUGACGAAACACCAAUCGUUACAGUACACACAACAGAGGAAAUUCUCGAUGACACUACAUCUCCACUUGACACUUUACAAGAACCACAACGAGCUAAAGUGAUUGAAGAAGAACCCGAACAAGUACAGAUUGAACAAGUGAAGACGGAAAGUGGUGAAACGCAGCAGAUGAAGACAAUCAAGCGAGUGAUUAAAAAGCGUAAAGGGCCCAAGAAAGAAGUAACUGAGAUAACAACGAUUGAAAAGGAAGGCGAAGAACCCGUCACCAGUAUUGUCGUGAAAGAAGAACCUGCUCCAGACUUCGAAGAGCUCCCUGAAGUCCCACAAGUGCUUGAGCUUCCGGAAGAGACCAAAGAAGAGGAGGUUCCUACUGACGAUGGUAAGCCACGUAAAAUUAAAACAACUACACGUACUAUUAAAAAGAAAUCAGGUCAAAAACAAGAAACUACAGAAAUCACAUCAACACAAACAGACGACGAAAAACCAAUCUUUACAGUACACACAACAGAGGAAAUUCUCGAUGACACUACAUCUCCUCUUGACACUUUACAAGAACCACAACGAGCUAAAGUGAUUGAAGAAGAACCCGAACAAGUACAGAUUGAUCAAGUGAAGACGGAAAGUGGUGAAACCCAGCAGGUGAAGACAAUCAAGCGAGUGAUUAAAAAGCGUAAAGGGCCCAAGAAAGAAGUAACUGAGAUAACAACGAUUGAAAAGGAAGGCGAAGAACCCGUCACCAGUAUUGUCGUGAAAGAAGAACCUGCUCCAGAAUUCGAAGGGCUCUCUGAAGUCCCACAAGUGCUUGAACUACCGGAAGAGACCAAAGAAGAGGAGGUUCCUACUGACGAUGGUAAGCCACGUAAAAUUAAAACAACUAAACGUACUAUUAAAAAGCGAUUAGGUCCAAAACUCGAAACAACAGAAAUCACAUCAACACAAACAGAUGACGAAACACCAAUCGUUACAAUACACACAACAGAGGAAAUACUCGAUGACACUACAUCUCCACUUGACACUUUACAAGAACCACAACGAGCUAAAGUGAUUGAAGAAGAACCCGAACAAGUACAGAUUGAUCAAGUGAAUACGGAAAGUGGUGAAACGCAGCAGGUGAAGACAAUCAAGCGAGUGAUUAAAAAGCGUAAAGGGCCCAAGAAAGAAGUAACUGAGAUAACAACGAUUGAAAAGGAAGGCGAAGAACCCGUCACCAGUAUUGUCGUGAAAGAAGAACCUGCUCCAGAUUUUGAGGAGAUCCCUGAAGUCCCACAAGUGCUUGAGCUUCCGGAAGAGACCAAAGAAGAGGAGGUUCCUACUGACGAUGGUAAGCCACGUAAAAUUAAAACCACUAAACGUACUAUUAAAAAACAAUUAGGUCCAAAACUCGAAACAACAGAAAUCACAUCAACACAAAUAGAUGACGAAACACCAAUCGUUACAGUGCACACAACAGAGGAAACACUCGAUGACACUACAUCUCCACUUGACACUUUACACGACACACAAAAUGACACAUUACAAGAACCACAACAAGGUAAAGUGAUCGAAGAAGAACCCGAACAAGUACAGAUUGAUCAAGUGAAGACGGAAAGUGGUGAAACGCAGCAGGUGAAGACAAUCAAGCGAGUGAUUAAAAAGCAUAAAGGACCCAAGAAAGAAGUAACUGAGAUAACAACGAUUGAAAAGGAAGGCGAAGAACCCGUCACCAGUAUUGUCGUGAAAGAAGAACCUGCUCCAGAUUUUGAGGAGAUCCCUGAAGUCCCACAAGUGCUAGAGCUUCCGGAAGAGACCAAAGAAGUGGAGGUUCCUACUGACGAUGGUAAGCCACGUAAAAUUAAAACAACCAAACGUACCAUUAAAAAACAAUUAGGUCCAAAACUCGAAACAACAGAAAUCACUUCAACACAAAUAGAUGACGAAACACCGUUCGUUACAGUACACACAACAGAGGAAACACUCGAUGACACUACAUCUCCACUUGACACUUUACAAGAACCACAACGAGCUAAAGUGAUUGAAGAAGAACCCGAACAAGUACAGAUUGAACAAGUGAAAACGGAAAGUGGUGAAACGCAGCAGGUGAAGACAAUCAAGCGAGUGAUUAAAAAGCGUAAAGGGCCCAAGAAAGAAGUAACUGAGAUAACAACGAUUGAAAAGGAAGGCGAAGAACCCGUCACCAGUAUUGUCGUGAAAGAAGAACCUGCUCCAGACUUCGAAGAGCUCCCUGAGAUCCCACAAGUGCUUGAGCUUCCAGAAGAGAUCAAAGAAGAGGAGGUUCCUACUGACGAUGGUAAGCCACGUAAAAUUAAAACAACUAAACGUACUAUUAAAAAGCGAUUAGGUCCAAAACUCGAAACAACAGAAAUCACAUCAACACAAACAGAUGACGAAACACCAAUCGUUACAGUACACACAACAGAGGAAAUACUUGAUGACACUACAUCUCCACUUGACACUUUACAAGAACCACAACGAGCUAAAGUGAUUGAAGAAGAACCCGAACAAGUACAGAUUGAACAAGUGAAGACAGAAAGUGGUGAAACGCAGCAGGUGAAGACAAUCAAGCGAGUGAUUAAAAAGCGUAAAGGGCCUAAGAAAGAAGUAACUGAGAUAACAACGAUUGAAAAGGAAGGCGAAGAACCCGUCACCAGUAUUGUCGUGAAAGAAGAACCUGCUCCAGAUUUUGAGGAGAUCCCUGAAGUCCCACAAGUGCUUGAGCUUCCGGAAGAGACCAAAGAAGAGGAGAUUCCUACUGACGAUGUACACACAACAGAGGAAACACUCGAUUACACUACAUCUUCAUUAAACACUUUACACAAAACAUUUAAUGUUACGGUAAUCGUAGAACAACAUGAACAAGUAGAUAUUGAUCAAGUGAAGGCGGAUAGUGGUGAAAUGCAGCAGAUUACUGAAAAUGCCUCUGAAUUUUCACAAUUGUUAGAGCUUCCUGAAGAGACCAAGGAAGAGGAAUUUCUAAGUGAAGAUGAUGAUUUGAAGUUAGAAAAUUUACCAAUUGUGCAAGAAGACGAAAACUUAGAGAAGCCGUUGGUUCCGUUGGAAUCAGAAUCAGAUUUACAGCCAAAAUUAGGUGCAAAGAAACUAAUUCCUCUUAAAGUAGAACACAUUGUUGUUGAAACAGCUCAACAUCCUGAAAAGAGCGAGAAUACACAAUUUACAAAAGUAAAAUUGAAAAAAUCUAUUCAGAAACCUAAGCCAGAACCAACAUCCACUGUAACUUUACCCAAAUUCCAGCUAAAGAGCCGCAUUAAAGUAAUUGACGACUGGCCACCGAAAGAAUUAAAACCAAUAUUGACCAGUUUAGGAAGUAUACGACAGAAUGGAGAGAUAUCACGCAAUGUAAAAGAAGCAGCAAAGAUCAAACGAAAACCUGUCAAAGUUUCUCCUAUUCCAGAAGCUGAAAAAACUGAGUUAGAGAAACCUGAUAUUUUCCCAGAUGCCAUAAAGUCAGAGAAAAUAAAAACAAAAGCAGAUGAAAACUUAGGGCCAAGUGAAAUUACAAAUGAAGUCAACGGUGUAGAAUUAAAACAAGAAAAGCCUGAAGUGACACCAACUGUAAUUGAAAUUGAUGCCUCAAAAUCGCCAACGAAACCUGUCUUAGACAUGAAAGUCGUUAGUGAAGAAGUUACUCCUAUCAAAAAAGACAUAGAGGAAAAGAGUACAAAAAUAGAUAAAAUGGAGCCAGUAUCUCCAAUUGAAAGUGAAAAAGAACUAAAAGAUAAGACGUUUGAUAAAAAACCAUUAAAGAAACACUCUAAACUCGUUCCCCUCCAAAUAGAAAGUAAAACAUUCGAAGCCAGUGAACCUCAAUUCGUAGAUAGUACUGAAGGGCCGGUAUUUAAAAAGCUUAAGUUAAAAAAGACCGUUGCUCCUCUGAAGCAGGAUACUUCAUCAGUAACGUUACCUAAAUUUCAAUUAAAAAGUCGUAUAAAAUUCGUAAGUGACUGGCCUCCCGCUAUUACCGAGCCAAUAAUAACCGCCAUAGGAAGUAUCCGUCAAAAUGGAAUACUUUCACGAAAUGUUAAGGAAGCUGCAAAACUUAAAAAAGUAAUCAUCCAGACCCCUAAACUACCUGAAAUAGAACAUACUCCGUUAGAAAAAGCAAUGUUCGAUUCUGAAGAUAUAAAAUUAAGUAUUAAAGCGAAACACGAUGAAGAAAUGAUUGAGAUUAUCGAUGAUACUAAAAAUAUUGACACUACAGAAACGGAACCAGAGCAAUUUACAAUAAAACCUAAAAGGCCAAGUAUUAAGAAAGUGCAAGACAUAACAGAUGAAGUAACUAUUAAGAAAACUUUAAAACCGGUUCGAAAACAGUCUAUUCCACAAACGGAUGACGCAGAACCUGAAACAGUAACAUUUAGACCAAAAACAACGAAAACGAAAGAGGAUGUGGAACAAGAAUUUAAUAUUCAUUUAGAUUCCUACGCUGAAGAAGAAAUCUCCAUGUCGAGUAAAGUAAAAUUAAAACCACAACGGAUCCCUACGUUUAAUGAGGAAGCCAAUGAAACAUCAAUCAAGUUUUAUGAAGAAACUGAAGCAGAGGGAAUAGUAGAGAUUGUAGAAACUGACGAAAACGUAAGGGACGAAACAGCUGACAUUAUAAUACCAUUUAAAAAACAGCCGGAAUAUAUAAAAAUAAAUGAAGACGAAAUAACUUCGAAAGUUUUGAAGCCAAAGUCGGGGCCAGAAAUAACACAAGACGUAAAUGUAACGUUAGACAAAAAACCUAAGUACACUGUUCAUGACCAAGAAGGUGUCACUUUUGAUGUUAAAUCUCGUACAGAAAAAGUCACUUCUGAAGACGUAUCGCUAUCCAGCAAUGUAAUUAUUAAGCCAAAAACGAAAACUACCCACGCUGAAGGGUCUGCGGAAACUUCUAUAAAAGUGACUCAGGAAGUUGAAGAUAAUAGCCAAAUAGAAGAAAUAAUAGUAAGUGAUGUAGAAUCAGAAGAAAACGUUGAAAUGGUGAUUAGACCAAAGGGGAAAAAACCAAACUAUGAAAUAAGUGAAGUGGAAGAGGUAAAUGUUGAUCUCAAACCGAAAAAACCCAAGAGUGUUUUAUAUGAAGAAGAAAACCUUACAUUUUCUACUAAACGUACACCAAGAAAGCCUUUGGAAAUACAAGAAGCGGAUGUAUCGAUGAGUAUAGCUAGGGAGCAGGAAUUCCCUGAAACUCCAGUCAACGUGCGCAAGGGAGACACCGUUUUCGCCGUCUACUCUUAUGUUGCGGAAACUGACGACGCUAUAAAUCUCGUGGAAGGAGAACGAUUAUAUAUCUUAGACACUACAAAUCAAGACUGGUGGUUCGUGCGGAAACAUCUAACUGAGGAAACAGGUUGGGUACCAGCACAAUAUCUAAUGGAUGAACCAAACUACACUUCAUAUUUACAAAAGAAACUAAAUGAAAAAAUCGAUAAGCUUCCAGUAUUUGAAAAACCUACGUCUGAAGAACAGGCAAUAGCGCCAAUAUUUGUGGAAAAGUUACGUCCUAAGCAUACUCCAGAUGGAUCUACUGUGCAAUUCGAAUGUCAAGUAGAAGGAUAUCCAAGACCGCAAAUUACUUGGUUUAGACAAACAGCUAUUAUAAAACCAUCUCAGGAUUUCCAAAUGUAUUACGAUGACGAUAAUGUAGCUACUUUAAUUAUUCGAGAAGUGUUCCCAGAAGAUGCUGGUACAUUUACUUGCGUAGCCAAAAAUGCGGCUGGUUUUGCAUCAAGUACGACUGAAUUAACCGUUGAAGCACCCUUGUCGGAUCAUGGUUCCGAAAUGACUAUAUUAUCAAGAAAAAGUCUUUCUAGGGAGUCUUCUUUGGCUGAUAUAUUAGAAGGCAUUCCGCCAACAUUUUCGAAGAGACCAAAAGCGCAAUAUGUCGAUGAAGGCUCUAACAUUUUGUUAGAAUGUAGACUUGUAGCUAUUCCGGAGCCAGAUAUAAUAUGGUUAUUUAAGGGCGAAGAAGUAAUGCCUAAUGAAAAUAUUUCGAUAGUGACAGAAUCAGACAUGCAUAUGUAUUGUAGCGUAUUGAAAAUAACAAAUGUGAAGAAACAUCAAGAGGGUACAUAUACAGUAGUUGCUGUAAAUAGAGAGGGUGAAGCGAAUCUUCCUAUUGUACUGAAAAUAAAAACAGGCGAAAAAGAAAAGCCGCAGAUAAUUGAACCGCUUAAAAACAUGUCCAUUAGAGAAGGAGAAAGUUUUGUUCUCACUGUUCAAGUAGUCGGAAAUCCGAAACCAAAAGUAACGUGGUAUAAAAAUAAUGAACCUAUUAAAUCCGACGUCUGUAAAUCUGACGGUGAUGUACACACUAUUACAAUAAUAAAACCUAGAAAAGGAAUAAAUGAUGGAAUUUAUACACUUAAGGCUAAAAAUUCAGAGGGCUCUACUCAAACCAGCGCCGUUAUUAGUAUUGAAGAACCUACUGAAGAAGAUGCGGAGCCGCCGUUAUUCAUUCACAGAUUCCAAGAAAUAACUGUCAACGAAAAAGGUACUAUUAAACUGUUUGCCAAAGUAACAGGAAAUCCUGUUCCAACUAUUACCUGGUACAGAAAUAAUAAGGUAAUAACCCCUACCGAUACAAUUACACAAACAUUCGAUGGAGAAAACAUCGAGUUGAUUAUACGUAAUGUAGAUUCUGAAAUUGAUUCUGGUGAUUACAAAUGUGUCGCGUCUAAUAGCGCUGGUAAAGCAUCACAUGGAGCUCGAGUUACUAUUGAUGUAGAUAAAGUUGUAUUUGUUAAAAAUCUAAAUAAAUCCUAUGAAGUGGAAGAAGGAAAACUAGUAAUUUUAGAAUGUGAAACUUCUCACACGGUUUCUACAAAAUGGUACCACAAUAACAAGGAGCUAAGUGGAAUGGAUCACAGGGAAAUAAUACAAGAAUCUCGAAUACAUAAAUUGAAAAUUAAGAAAACUAAACUGACCGAUACUGGUAAGAUAAAAUGUGUCGUAAAAGAUCAAGAAACCAGUACUGAUUUAAUAGUACAUGAAACAAUUCCUGAAUUUAUAAGGAAAUUACAAGAUUUCGAAGUUAAAGAAAAAGAUGUUGCAAUCUUAGAAGUUGAAAUAAAUUCAGAAACAGCAGAUGUGUUAUGGGAAAAAGAAGGUAAAGUGAUCAAACCUAAAAAGAAUAAAUAUGAUUUUGAAAAACGUGGCAAUGUUCGAAAACUAUUCAUCAGAAAUACUUCAGUACACGAUGAAGGGGAAUAUACGUGCGUAUUGCGUGAUGAUGCAUGCACUGCGGAAGUGACUGUUGUCGAGUUACCUCCAGAAAUCAUAUCACGACUUACAGAUCAAAGAGUAAACAAAGGCAACAAGGCAACGUUCGAAAUUGAACUGACAAAGGGUGAUGCUUUAGUCCAAUGGUAUAAAGACGACAUGGAAAUACAAUUUUCAAAUCAUAUUCAACUUACGAUUGAUGGUAAAAAACAAAAGUUAAAGAUUUAUGACUGCGAAGAUAGUGACGGUGGAAGAUACACAUGCAUUGUGGGUAAUGAUAAAUGCACAGCUACUCUUACUGUUGAAACACCAUCGAUUGAUUUCACCAUGCGUUUACCCGAAUUCAUCAUAGUCCCCGCAUAUGCAGAUGCUUACUUAACUGUUGAAAUACCAGAUGAACAAUAUGAUGUUACUUGGUUUAGAAGAAAAAGUAAAAUUGAAGACUCAGAAAAGUUUACUUUAAUAUCUGAUGGUAAGAAACGAACAGUUAUCAUUAGAAAAUGUCUGGAAGAAGACCAAGGUGAAUAUUCUUGUUCAUUGUUAGACGCGAUGUGUUCGACGAAGUUAAAAGUUGAAGUUACUGAAUUCUCUCCUAAAAUCUUAGACUACGUAAAGGAAUACAAAAUAAAGAAAGGAAGUGAUGUAACAAUAAGUGUUAAUUACGAAGCAGUUCCUAAACCUAAUGACGAAUGGAUAGUUAAUUCUAAGAUAAUAAAGAGAUCCAAGCAUACAAAACCAUUCAUAGACUCAGAAAGUGCUAGCCUCACGAUUAAAAAGGUUGACAAUACGGACGCAGGCAUUUAUAAACUUCGUCUAGAGAACAACUGCGGAAAAGCAGAUGUUGAUAUCACUAUCAUCGUAACAGAUAUUCCAUCUCCGCCUGGUAAACCUAACGUAUUGGAAGUCAAUGACACAUCCAUUAACAUAUUUUGGGAUGAACCAAAGAGCAAUGGUUUUUCGGAUGUUACUUGUUACAUUGUUGAAUAUCAAGAAAAGAAUACUACAGAGUGGUUAUCAAUCGAAAAUGUCACGAAAACUCAAGUUUACAUUAAAAAUUUGAAGGUUGAUACUUAUUACCGAUUCAGAGUGUUUGCAGUAAAUGAAGUCGGUGUAAGUGAAUCUUCAGAAUGCUCUGAAUUUAUAUUGAUAAAGAAAAAAGUAUCAAAACAACCUCCCUCUGUAGAAAAACCAUUAAAGGACGUAAUAGGACAUCCGAACGAAGAUUUAGAACUAACAUGCAUAUUCGGAGGUUUGCCUCAACCAACAGUUACCUGGUUUAAAGAUGGCAAGAAAAUUAUUACUUCUAAAUCUACAUAUGUCAAUAGAGUAGCAACACUUAAUAUUUCCAUUGAAGAAAAAUCUCAAGGGGAAUACAAAUGUGUUGCUGUUAACGAGCAUGGUGAAGUAGAAACAUCAUGUAUCAUAGAAGUGCAACAGAAGCCUAUCAUUCAUGUUACGGAGAAUGAGAGGAUCCAAAAGCUUAGAGUCAAUAAUAAAUGGUCUGUCACCGCUACCAUUGAAGGUAUACCCAAACCUCAAAUUGUUUGGUAUAGAAAUGGAACUAAGAUUGAUGACUCAAGCGACAUCAAGAAAACAAUUAACGAUAACGUCAGCGAGAUCAACAUUGAUAAAGUUAAAAGGUUACACAGCGCAAAAUAUACAAUUGAGGCAUAUAAUAACGCCGGCUCCACUUCUUACGACGUCACCUUAAGUGUAUACGAUGUACCAAGUAAACCCGAAGGUCCUGUUGUCAUGAAGGAAAUAAGCAAAGAAUCUAUCACGGUACAAUGGAAGCCACCUUUGGAUGAUGGCGGCUUAGAUAUAACAAAAUAUGCAGUUGAAAAAUACGACCCGGAAAUGAGGCAAUGGCUUAAAGUAGCUGAUGUUGAUAAAGAAGUAACAUCGUAUUGCUUCCAAGGAUUGAAUGAAAAUAAUAGUUACAAAUUUAGAAUAAUGGCCAUAAAUCCUAUUGGAGUCUCUGAAGCUUUGGAAAGUGAGGCGAUAGUAAUAAAGACGGCUUUAGAUGUACCAUCGCCACCGUUGGGUCCGCUAGGUGUUUACGGCAUAACUAAUGAAUCUGUCACAAUAACUUGGUCUCCACCAGAGAAAAAUGGAGGAUCAGCUAUACUUGACUAUACUGUAGAAGUCAAAGAUGGCAAAAAAUGGAAACAAGUAGCUACAGUAACAAACACCACGGCUAGAAUAGAAAAACUGCGUGCAAAUGUUUCAUACAAAUUAAGAAUUUACGCUAGAAAUGAAAUUGGUGUAAGCUUACCUUACAGUCCCGAGCAAGAAAUCAUUCUUGGGAAAACUUUAUCUCCACCUUCUCAACCGCUAAACGUCAUGGUAAGAGAAAUUACUUCAAGAUCAGUUACUCUUUCAUGGAUGGCUCCAGAGAGUGAUGGUGGCAGUGUAAUAACAAAUUACAUAAUAGAGUAUACGACAACAAACAGAAAAUCAUGGUCUAAAAUAAUCACAGUAAAUGGUUCAACAUACGAACAUUGUAUCGAGAAUAUUAGAGAAAAAGAAGAUCUCAUAUUCAGAAUAUCUGCUGAAAACAGUAUUGGCAUUAGUUUACCAACUGAAUCAGAAUUAGUGCAUUUGGAGAAACAUGCCACUGUACCUUCCCCACCAAUUGGGCCAUUAGAAAUCAGAACAGUAGGCAAUAACAUUGUUAUGACGUCAUGGGGAACGCCAGAAUGGGACGGAGGUGCCCCUCUUUUGGGAUACAACAUCGCCAUCCGUGACGUCACAAAAACAAUGUGGAUGGAAGUUGGUAAAGUAGACAGUCAAACGUUGAAAUUCAACAUCAAGGAUUUGAGUGAGAACCAUACCUACAUGAUAAGGAUAUACGCUCGCAACGAAAUUGGUAUUAGCGAACCGCUUGAAUCCGAUGAACCAUUUAAAGUUAUUCCUGGAGAAGACUCGUAUGCUGAUGAGGAACCGGGUGAACAAACGGAGAUGACAGAGCCGACGUCCUUCAGUACGCAGACGACGACAUCGUGGCUGCGUGAACAUAAUAUGGACGCCGACAUACGAUCAUACGCCCGUGGCUCCCUCCUGCGACGUGACGAGUACUUCUUUAGAAUAUGGUACUACGCCAAACAACUGUUCAAGUGAAAUUAUAAACGCACGUUCGAACAUUGACCUGUGAUAUUUCUGAACAAAAUUUAAUUGUUCAUAUAGUUCGCGAAUAGUAAAGCUUAGAAUAAAAUUUGAAGAGCGUCCAUCUUGAAUUCUAUCUCACUUAAAAAUUUGUUACCAUUUUUAUAUGAAUGUAAUUUAAAAAAGAAAUAUUUAUUAUAGAUGUAAAGCUAAAUUAUUUAUUUAUUUAAAAAAUAUAACUUAAUAAUGUAUACUUUAUAAAAUUUGAUGUUAAUAUUUAAGCCUUAUCUUUAUUUAUUUAUUGUGGGAGACGUUUUAAAUAUAGGUGCAUUCAUUUCGAAAUAAUUGAUAAGACUUAAAUAAUAUACAUCGAAUUUUACUAAAAAUGGAAAACUUAAAUAAAUAGUAGCAACCCGAAUAA